AUGAUUAUUCCUAUACGUUGCUUCUCCUGCGGAAAGGUCACGGGGGACCUUUGGGAGCGGUAUCUCCAACUCAUCGCGGAUCCGAGAAAAACUGAUGGUGAUGCCAUGGACGAACUUGGUUUGAAGCGUUAUUGCUGUCGUCGCAUGAUCAUGACCCACGUCGACCUCAUCGAGAAACUGCUCAAAUAUACACCAGACGGUCGAAACGAGAAGAAGCAACGGCUCAAUGAACUGGCAUGA